AUGGGUAGCAUUUCAACCGAAAAAAACGCACUAGUUUUCGGUGCUUCAGGCAUCACUGGCUGGGCAAUCGUCAAUGCCAUUCUCAAUGGUUAUCCAAGCCCAGAAUCUUUUAGCCGUGUCAGCGCCCUCACCAACCGCCCUCUCCCUCCCGAUGUGGCGCAAUGGCCACAGUCUGGGAAAUUGAAUGUCGUAUCUGGAGUCGACUUAUUACAAGGAACCCAAGCUGAUCUAGAAAGAAACCUGAAAGAACGUGUGGCAGAGGUCGAAAAAACGACCCAUGUUUAUUUCUUUGCGUACGUGAUGGACACGGAUCCUGAGAAGGAGGUCCAAAUAAAUGUCGAUCUCCUUCGGCGGGCUGUGACUGCAGUGGAGAAAUUGAGUACACACCUGGAAUUCGUUGUUCUGCCUACUGGAACAAAGGCAUAUGGCGUACACCUUCUUCAGAACUUCCCAUGGUCCGAGAACCUACCACUGCAAGAGUCGCAUCCUCGUAUCCCUGAGCCAUAUGCCUCCCAGAUGUUCUAUUACAAUCAACUCGAUCUCCUAAAAUCACUAUCACAAGGAAAGAAUUGGACAUUCUGCGACAUUAUCCCAGACGUCAUUGUCGGAUUUGUCCCUAACAACAACGUCUACUGUCUCGCCCAGUGGCUAGCGUUGUAUCUCAGUCUAUGCCGCGAGAUUCAUGGAGCGGGCGCUGAAGUCGUGUUUCCAGGAACGAACAAAAGCUGGACCAUACAAAGUAAUGACAGCAGCCAAGACAUCAUCGCUCGAUUUGCAAUCUAUGCAAGCUUGAACCCAGCAGUCGGUCGCGCACAAAGCUUCAACGCGGCUGAUUCUGCCCAGUCUUCAAGCUGGUCUACCAAGUGGCCCAUUAUCUGUGACUAUUUCGGGUUGAAAGGCGCGGCCCCAACUAACGGGCCCGGGCCUGACCCACCAACAUUCUUACGCGAAAACCAGGAAAAAUGGUUCGAAUUGGAGAAAAGGUAUUCUUUACAGACUGGUCGGGUGGGGGGAAAUCAGAGGAGCUUUGAGGCAUUUCCAGCAUUUAUCAUGUCCAUGUUUGAUUUUGAUCGACAGCUUGAUCUGAGCCAAAUGCAUAAAGCUUGGGGUGAAGGGAAAGAGGAAGUUGGUACGAAGGAGGCAUGGUACACUGCUUUCGAUCGUUUCCGAAAUUCUCGUAUUAUUCCUUGA